CUCGCGAGUGAAGAUGCCAUCCACACAUAAGAAAGAUAAACCCUGGGAUACGGACGAUAUAGACAAAUGGAAGAUUGAAGAAUUUAAACCAGAAGAUAAUGCUGGCGGGACCUUCGCCGAAGAAUCUUCCUUUGUCAGCCUGUUCCCGAAAUACCGGGAAGUCUAUCUGAAGGAAACAUGGCCGAUACUAACGAGGGCAUUGGAGAAACAUGGAAUCGCUUGUACGCUGGACUUGGUGGAGGGUAGUAUGACGGUGAAAACUACACGAAAAACAUACGACCCAGCGGCCAUCCUCAAGGCACGAGAUCUAAUAAAACUGCUUGCUAGAAGUGUCCCAGCUCCACAGGCUCUUAAAAUCCUUGAAGACGGGACGGCAUGCGACAUCAUUAAAAUUCGAAAUCUGGUCCGCAACAAAGAGCGAUUCGUUAAACGACGCCAACGCAUCCUAGGCCCUUCCGGCUCUACCUUGAAAGCACUCGAACUCCUUACAAACACAUACCUCCUCGUCCAAGGCAACACUGUGGCAGCCAUGGGCCCAUACAAAGGCCUGAAAGAAGUCCGUCGCGUCGUCGAAGACUGCAUGAACAACAUCCAUCCAAUCUACCAUAUUAAGGAAUUAAUGAUUAAGCGCGAACUUGCCAAGGACCCCAAAUUAGCAAAUGAAAGCUGGGAUAGAUUCCUCCCACAUUUUAAGAAGCGAACCUUGAGUAAGAGAAAGAAGCCCUUUAAGGUCACCGAUAAGUCGAAGAAGGUGUACACGCCAUUCCCACCACCGCAGGAGAAGAGCAAGGUUGAUUUGCAGAUUGAAAGUGGCGAAUAUUUCUUGAGCAAGGAUGCUAAGGAGCGGGCGAGAAAGGAAGAGAUUAUGGAACGACAGAGGGAGAAGAGGGCAGAGAAAAUGAAAGAAAUUGAGAAGGAUUUUAUUCCACCGAAAGAAGACACAGGUGAAAAGAAAAAGAAGAAACGGAAGCGCCAGGAAGACGCCACUGAUAAAGCAGUGGACGGAGAGAAGAAGUCCAAAAAGCGCAAGAGUAAGGAAAAAGUCAGUACUCAAGAAGAAUAGUGAGACUUAUAUGACUGUCGGGUUUGUAUGCGGCGUAUCGGUCGAUAUCCUAAACCAAGGGGGUGUUUGCUCUUUGUGUAUUCCAUAUUCAUAACUAUUAUCGAGCAUCUAGCGGAACAAAUAUCAGAGUACAUACAUCCACAGUUACCAAGGACUCAUCCCAUGUAUGUAUGUAUGUAUGUAUGAAUAGUUGGUUCGGGAUUGCUUGCUGGCUCCCAGGCUCGGUUGGGUAAGGUGUCAGCGGUUGGGAGAGACCCGCGGCAACAAAACCGCUGAGCUUCAUGAACCCACCACGGCCCUUCAGCGGUGGGAUACCUACGCGUGUCUGUGACACCAGGUAAGAGCCGGGGAAAAGCAGUACCAGAGAGAUAUCCCAAGGCCAUAGUGACAGGGCUCGCUUCAUCCUGUUU